CUGCGUGUCCAUGACGAGUGACAAAUCCAAAGAUAAACAUCUGAACUUCAGAAACCAACCUGGACAUUCAGACUCGAAAGAUCAACAACUCACUAAGAGAGUCCAGUCUUCAGAAUCCAGCUGUACAUCUGAGAAGAGUGACCAAUCCAAAGAAUGGACUCCAGACUUCAGAACUGAUCAUGGACCUUCAGAGCAGUUCAUCACCUCAAAAUUUGACCAGUCUGAUCCGCUAAGGCUCUGGUCCAGUCCGCAGUGUGACGAAAAAUCCAGAAGCAGAGCUGGACAACAGACCAUCAGUCAGAACAGAACUUUACAAACAGAUGUUGAUUUGCCUGAGCUUUUAAAAGAACAUCAGAACUGUGUGAAGAAGAGAUGUGAACAUGUGACUGAAAGAAGUGAUGAAAGACAGAGAGGGCCUCUCCUCAAAGAUAUCUACACUGAGGUCUGCAUCACAGAGGGACUAGGAGAAGAGGGCCAAACGCAACAUGAGGUCUCAAAGCUGGAAAUUGCCUCUAAGUACAACUCCCUUAAUACUCCAAUCAGGUGUCAGGAAAUUUUCAAAGCAUUAACUGACCAACAUAGUUUUAUCAGAGUGGUUCUGACCAGUGGUGUUGCUGGAAUUGGAAAGACCUUCUCAGUGCAGAAGUUCACUCUGGACUGGGCCGAGGGCUUGGAGAACCAAGACAUCAGUGCAGUGAUUCCUCUUUCAUUCAGGGAGAUGAACUUGAUCAGAGAUGAGCAGCACAGUCUUCUCACUCUCAUCCAACGUUUUCAUAAAACCUUCCAGAAGAUCACAGCAGAGCAGCUGUCUGUCUGUAAACUUCUCUUCAUCUUUGAUGGUCUGGAUGAAAGCAGACUUUCUCUGGACUUCAACAACAGUCAGGUGGUGUCUGAUGUCACUCAGAAGUCAUCAAUCAAUGUUCUUCUGACAAACCUCAUCCAGGGACAUCUGCUUCCCUCAGCUCUGGUCUGGAUCACUUCCAGACCUGCAGCAGCCAAUCAGAUCCCUCCUUCAUGUGUCUCCAGGGUAACAGAAGUACGAGGCUUCACUGACUCCCAGAAGGAGGAGUGCUUUAGAAGGAGAUUCAGUAAUGAGGGUGUGUCCAGCAAAAUCAUAUCCCACAUCAAGGCCUCCAAAGGUCUCUUCCUCAUGUGUGAAGUUCCAAUAUUUUGUUGGAUCACUGCUGUGGUUCUAGAGCACAUGCUGACCACAGAGCAGAAAAGAGAGCUUCCCACCACCUUGACUGACAUGUACUCACACUUCCUGAUGGUCCAGACAAAGAGGAAGAAGAUCAAAUACCAACAGGAACAUAAAGAGAAUCCACAAGAACUGAGAAAGGUUAACAGGGAAGUUCUCUUGAAGCUGGGGAGGCUGGCCUUUGAACAUCUGGAGAAAGGAAACAUCAUGUUCUACCAAGAAGACCUGGAGCAGUGUGGUCUGGAUGUCACAGAGGCUUCUUUGUACUCUGGAGUUUGUACUGAGAUCUUCAGAAGAGAGUGUGAGAUCUUCCACAAACCAGUUUACUGCUUUGUUCAUCUGAGUGUUCAGGAGUUUCUGGCUGCAGUUUACAUCAUUUAUUGUUACAACAACAAGAAGACAGAAGCAAUGGAGAACCUUCUGAAGAGUCAAACAAACAUCUCCUCUUUAGAUGAGUUUCUGAGCAGAGUCAUGAAGAAAUCUCUGCAGAGUCAAACUGGUCAUCUGGAUCUGUUUGUUCGUUUUCUUCAUGGUCUCUCUGUGGAGUCCAACCAGAGAAUCUUGAAAAGUCUCUUGGGUCAGGCAGAUAACAGUCAAGAAUCCAUCCAGAGAAUCAUCAACAACCUGAAGGAAAUGAAGACCAAUGACAUGUCUCCUGACAGAAGCAUCAACAUCUUCCACUGUCUGGUGGAGAUGAAGGACCUCUCAGUUCAUCAGGAGAUCCAAGAGUUCCUGAAGUCAGAGAACAGAUCAGAGAAGGAGCUUUCAGAGAUCCACUGCUCAGCUCUGGCCUACAUGCUGCAAAUGUCAGAGGAAGUUCUGGAUGAGUUGUACCUAGAUCAGUACAAAACAUCCAGAGAAGGUCGAUGGAGACUGAUCCCAGCUGUGAGGAACUGUACAAAGUUCAGGAUGGGGUUUGUGUCAAAACCUUCAGAGGACGAGCCCAAGUAUGAGUCCAGCUGGAAUGAACUCUCAGAAACUGACUGUGAAGCUGUGGCCUUUGCCUUGAAAUCAAACCCAUCCCAUCUGACAGAACUGGACCUCAGUGGAACCAUUUUGCAGGAUUCAGCUGUGAAGACUCUCUGUGCUGGUCUGAAGAGUCAAAACUGCAAACUGAAGACUCUGAGGUUGAGGAGCUGCAGUUUGUCAGAGAGUAGCUGUGCUGCUCUGGUCACAGCUCUAAAGUCCAACCUGUCCCAUCUGACAGAACUGGUCCUGGAUGGGAACAACCUGCAGGAUUCGGGAGUUCUUCAUCUGUGUAGUUUUCUAGAGAGUCCAGACUGCAAGCUAAAGACUCUGAGGUUGAGGUACUGCAGAAUGUCAGAGGCCAUCUGUGGCCCCCUUGGCUCAGCGUUCAAGUGUAACCCGUCCCAUGUGACAGGAUUGGACCUGAGCAGGAAUGACUUGAAGGAUUCUGGAGUGAAGCAGCUGCUUGGUUUUAUGAAGAAUCCAGACUGCAGAUUAUCAGUGAAAAGCUGUGAGUUUCUGGUCUCAGCUCUAAAGUCCAACCCAUCCCAUCUGUCAGAACUAUGCAUAAGUGAAAACCACCUGAAGGAUUCUGGAGUGGAGCAUCUGUGUGGUUUUCUAGAGAGUCCAGACUGCAGACUGAAGACUCUGAGGCUGAAGAAAUGCAGUUUGACAAAGGACAGCUGCACUGCUCUGAUCGCAGCUCUGGAGUCCAACCCGUCCAAUCUGACAGAACUGGACCUGAGUGGAAAUGACCUGCAUGAUUCAGAUGUCCAGAAGCUCUUUGAUCUGGUGGACAGAUUAGACUGCAAGCUAGAAACUGUGAGGUGGAAUCCAGAGUCUUAAAUCAGGACAACAUCUGUCAAAGCCUGGAUUAUUCCACUGGAAGAAGAAGACAAAGGAUGAUGAAGGAAUCAGAGGAUACGUUUACACUAAUUAAAGAGGCUCAUCAUACAGAAAAAAAUGCAGCUUAAGUUCCUAUUUUGAAUUGUGGUUCAUUUUAUCCCAACCUUUUUUAUUUUUCUAAUCUUUUUCUAGUUCAUUAUUCAUUUUUAACAGUUUCUUCCUGAGCAUUAUGAUGUCUUGCUGUUAUUCUAUCAUUUAACUGCUCUGGAUGAACCUCAUAUCAACCCUUUAAUACCAGAGGUGUUGCUGGCAACAGCAAAUAAAACACUCUUUGGAUUACCGUUACUUUUUGACUGUUUACUCCAUGGAUUCUGAUGUUUAGAGUGUUGCAUAUCAGCAAAAAGAACCCAUUGGAAUUACAUAAAUUCCUAAAAGGUUAGGACACUAUUUCCCUAGUUUUAAAGACUAAAGGCCAAUGAAGGAAUAAAAACCAACUAGAAGUUUCAGAUUUUUCCCUGGGGGGCAGCACAUUCUUCUCCUCUGUCAAACAGAUCCCCAGAUGUCUGAUCCAGAAUUUUGCUCUGAUACUUUGAUGGUGGUAGACCUUUUCCUGUGAACCUAAAAGGUUUUGAUGGUUCAUGAAGACUAGAUUUUAUGUGAUGGCCCUGUUUGCUAUUGUUUUUUUUAUUUUUAAUAAUGUAAUUUUAAGUUGUUUUUCAAUCUGUUUUAGUGUACUGUAUUUAUCUGUGGUAUUGAAACAGCAUAAUAAUUUAUACAUUUUUUGUUUAUUAUUGUUAAAAUUUGAAGGAUUACAGGUUAAUUUGAUUAUUGUUCCAAUGUUUACCUUCUCCAGGGAAGAGACACAAACUACAAACAGGUUUUGAUUUCCUUACUAAUGAUCAUUUUAAUAUCAUUUUAAUGUGUUUGCAGAUCUAAACAAGACUAAAGCUAUUGCUGAACAGAGAAUGUGUGCUUAUGUCUGUGUGGUCCUUUGAUGUUUAAAAAAUGAAGCAAAUUUAAAUGCAAGGUUUGUUUUUUUUUUUUUUAAUCUCAAGGCAGCCCUCGGUUUUUAGGUCUCUACCCCUCCAUGUUUGGUGUUAUGUGUUAAAACGUAUUGUCAUUUUCUCAGUUAGUCUUCACAGUUUAUUAAUAUAUAACUACUCUUACAGUUUAUUAACCUUUUAAAAAAAAGCUUUCAUGUGUAACUAUUCCAGAUGUUUAUUUUUUACUUUGUGUUUGGUCUUUUAAGAGGCAGUAACCAGAAUAAAACUAAUUCAAAUUGAAUAUCCUUGGAAGGAUUUACCAAGACAAAGAAGCUGACACAACACCUUUACCAAUGUAUUUAAUGCAUUCAAAUGCCUUUUGCUUUGUCAUAGAAAUAUCUUUAGUGCAUUCAAAUCUUAUUGACAUUUAUUCAAAGUCAUGAGUCAGGCCCCUGUUCCCUCCGCCGACCACUAGAGAGAGCCAUCUCCCGGGUUCUGGCUCUCGCCUUGCCUCCUCUUCUCACACUACAUCUCCCAUCAGCCACUGCUACUUAAGCCCCAACCUUCCAAUCAGCUGUUCUCCAUUUAGCAUUUACUUUCACUGUAUUUAACCUGGCACAGCGCUGCUCUAUGCGAAGUCUUGUUUGUGCUACUUGCAAAGCAUACUGAGCAGCUUUCUCUUGACAGCCAUGUAUGUGUUUUUAUAUGUAUGUUAUAUAUGUUUUUUUAUACGUCCUGUUCCUGCCAUUGACUGCUCUUGUCGAUGAUUAAACACUAUUGAACAUAGAUCCAAACGCCUCAUCCUCUUUAUUACAUUCAACUUGUUGUAGAUACAGACUUUACACCCCUUUACACUGUAUGUGGCUAAUUUACAACGUACCCUUAAAUCUGGCAUUUCGCUUAAUUUAGCAUCAACUUGAAUACAAAAAAAA